AGGAUGGUACGAGGAAAAGGGCAGAUGUUAAAUUUGUUGCUGAUGUUUCAAUGGCGACGUGAUGAACCGAGAACAAAAAUGAAAGAAGAGAAAGAAAAGACAAGGAGGAAAACAGGUUAACAGACGGUCGUUUCUAUUUUGUCUCUUAUGAAAUGUCGACCUGCUUUAUCUGGCGUACACGUUUGCGAUAGUAGCGAUAUUGCCGAACAGUGGCAAAAAGUAGAAGCUUUUGUCGAUGUUCCGAAAGACGCGCGCUCCGAUAAAUCGAGUUGUGACUGUUUAGUAAGCAAGAGAGGGGAUCUCUCUCGUCAAGUCGUUCGCGAGAGCUCUGGAUCGCGACAUUUUAACGUAGUCAAAAGCGAGUAGUGGCGGGGGGAAUGAGAUAGAGAUAGAACGAGAGAGCGAGAAAGAGAGAGAGAGAGAGAGAAUAAGAGUAAGAGAGAGGUGGAGGGGAGGAUAUGUUGCUAGCUUUCGACGUUCCUGCCACGCCAGCGAGACGUAACUCGCAGAGAGACGACGUUCUCCUGGAGAGCGCGUCGGAGGAGCUCUCACGUUGGUUAGAUUAUAUUUUCUCGUAAUCGUGUUUGUAAUUCGCGAAGCUGGCCUCGCGUGUGUGACAUAUAUAUAUAUAUAUAUAUUUAUAUAUAUAUAAACAUAAAUAAAUAAAUAAAUAAAUAAAUAAAUAUAUAUAUAUAUAUAUAUAUAUAUAUAUAUAUAUAUAUAUUAUCUAAGAAAUGAGAAAGAGAUAGACGUGUAGUGUCAGUACGUGUUCGAAAAAGAAAGAAAAAAGUCUAACACGUUGCGAUACGAAUCGAUCCAAACGUCGGAGUUACCGGAGAAAGAGAGAGAGAGAGAGAGAGAAAGAGAGAGAGAGAGAGAGAGAGAUAGAGAGAGGGAGAAAGAGAAACUUAUGUGUUUGUGACACGAGAAAGAGAAAGACACGAUGUGUCGUCGUUUCUGACGACGAAGAAGAAAUUUGCAGUUAUAUUCCCUCUUUUCCUUUCCUUUUGUUCUCCUCUAAUUCUUCUCAAUUUCGUUCAUCGUUAUCCUCACCGUCAUCGUCAUCGUCCUCGCCGUCGUCAGCUACUUCUCGUCUUCUCUUUCUUUUCGCUGUUUUCUUUCUCACUUCCACUCUCCGUUUUAAUAAUCUACCCCUACCACCGCGGAGAAUUUUCUUCCUUUCCUACAUCCUUCGGUUGCUCGCGGUUCGAGGAGACACGAAAGAUAAAGAGAGAGAGAGAGAGAGAGAGAGAGAAAGAGAGAGAGAAAGAGAAAGAGAGAGAGAGAGACGGAUCUGGAAUUGAGAAAGAGACAGGUAGAUCAAGAAAAAAGAGGAAAGGAGAAAAAUCAAAGAAACAUUCACGAGGGGAAAGACAUAUAUAUAUAGAAAGAGAGAGAGAGAGAGAGAGAGAGAGAGAGAGAGAGAGAGAAAGAGAAAGAAAGAAAGAGUAAGAGAAAGAGUAUAAAAGUAUCUACAUACAUUCGUGGGCGGUGAGUGAUUGUGUGAUCGUCAGUGGCCAGUUUCCAUUGGAAAUCAUGCGAGAUACCAGCGAUAUGACGGAGGACGCCCUGUCAGAGGACACCAUGAUGGAUUGCAGUGGACAUGGUGGAGCUUUGGAAGAUUUCGUCGAAUUGGCGACUGAUAUUGCUGAUUCCUCGCGAACCAUAAGAGAUGCCGCUGAAAGGUUGCUGACGUUAUUGGGCGUAGAGGAUGAGAAUGAUGAUUUUCUAUCUUCCUCCGAAGACGAGGGUGUCGAGGUAGACGUAGAAGACGAAGAGGACGAGGAUCGACCUGAAAAUACAAGGUUACUUCAUCAAUUAGCUGCAUCGUUGGCACAAGAAUUGAAAUAUUCACAGCAAAAGCAUGACCCAGGACCUACGAGAAUAAUCGCGCAAGGACGGGGAACCUUCGAGGAGAGAGAUCAAAACGUUGAGAUGGUCCAAGAUGAUAGUUUCCUCGGUCAAAGUAUUUUUCGAAAUCAAAUUGACCUAAAAACGUCGGACAAUCAAUUCCAUGGUAAUCCCUUUGUUCAGGAUCAAUUCGCUCCCACAAGGAGAUACUCCCUUGGAUAUUCUUUUCAAGGGCAUUCAAAAGAUCUCGAAGUUUUCGAAACGAAGGAGAGUUUAAAGACGUCAAAUCGUCAUCAUUAUCGUCAUCACCAUAAUCAUCAUCAUCGUCGUCGGCGUCAUCAUCAUCAUCAUCAUCAUCAUCAUCAUCAUCAUCAUCAUCGUUCUAAGAUGAACGACGAACAAGAGGAAAGAUCGAUCCUUCAUCGGGAUCACGUUUCUGAAUCUUGGGGUUCUGGCUGGGAUGCCUGUGCCAUGGAAGCUCUGAGAUAUCUCGUGGAAGACGAAGGACUGCCGGCUCAUCAUCCAACCGUCCUAGCGAUGAAAAAUCAUCUUGAGCUGCAAAGAGGACGGGUAUUCGCUCAGUACACAGCAUAAACGAGUUUAACGAGUUGCGAGAGUUGUCUCGGUACACAUUCGUCGAGGCAUCCAUAUAUAUUGUGAUAAUCGUGCGUGGAUCCGUGAUCGAUACGACGAUAAGACGCGAGCGUCUCUGUCUCCCGUAUAAUGUUGUCUCGUUCGCCUCAGUCGUUCGCAUUUUGCAGAAAUGCAGUUUUCAUCGUAAACUCAAAAUGGAAUACGCUUAUAUCGGCCCUGUCGGAUGGAUCAAAGCGGACAGGAGCUACAAAUACGCUUUUGAUAAAACGAAGGUUAGAAGAAGAGUUUAAUCGUUUGGCGUAUUUAAUUAUUAAGAAAAUAAUUUGUUACUUCUUUGAUAAAUCGUUUCGUUACGUAUGGACUUGUUUUAUCUAUCUAUCUCUCGUUCUAUCUUUUCUGUUUAUUUUUCUUUUUUUUUUUUUUUUUUUUCUUUCUUUUUUUCCGUUUCCUUCUUCUCUUUUUAAUAAUAUUGUAAUUGAUAAUUGUGUUUACUUUGCGAGUGGACAAUCGAAGGAUAAUAUAAUAUGGAUAAUCAUGGAUUGAAUUUCUUUCGGUAGCUACGUGAUUCUUAAUCGGUGAUUUUUUAUAUUUUAUAUAUCUUCUCAUCGUUCUCUCUUAUACUUUAAUUUGGACGUUAUAUCGGUUUAACUUCCUAACGAACGUCAAUACGAAUGUCAAUAUAAUCGAUCCAGGAGUUUGAAGAUUUUAUAGUUGAAAAAGUUAGAAUGCUUGUAUCUGAUGGGAUACAAGUGAACUCAUCGAAGUUCGUUCGUUCGUUCGUUCAUUCGUUUAUCGAUGAGAAAACUUUCGUACUCUGUGAACUAGGCGAAUCAAAGAGGUGACAUUAGUCGUGAUGAAUCGUAGAUAAACGUCCGCUAGAUUGAAAUUAAUUAAACAUAGAACAAAUUUCUAGGAUCACCUAUAGUAAAAUGAAAACUUUUACGAAGACCAUAGACAAAGGCACACACGCUAACACAUACCUAUAAACUGAUGCUAGAUUAGUUUAAUCGAAUCAAAAAAUGAAAAAGAACGAUGAACAUUAAUCGGUACCCGUACAAUUAGAGUAUAUAUAUAUAUAUAUAUAUUAUUUUCGUUUAGAUAUUUUCUUUCUUAUUUUCUUAAUUAAUUUAUUCCACGAAAGAUCGGCUCGAUAAUCGAGUCUAGUUUGUUAUCGUAGAACGAUCUAUGUAAUACAUGUCGAUCGGAAUUUGUUGUCACUGAUUAUCUUCGUAAUCGCAAGAGUUUUAGUAGCCACAAAUCGGAGAUUAUAGAUAGAGGAAUUAUUUCUAUUAAAGAUAGAUUGAUAAAUUAUUGAUUAGAAACAAUAAUAUACAUACAAUGAGAACAUCUUUCCUUGUAUACGACGAAUCGAAUUCAGUAUCAACGAUUGGAUCGAUUCGAUGAGACUAAAUCAAUGGAAAGAAUAGAAAUAUCCUCGCGAAUGGUUUUGGAUCGAUGCCUGAAAUAUCUCGAUCGUUUACCAUUCGCUCCGGAAAAUUGAAUUUUUUCCCCAAAGGCUACGAUCCAUCGCGCAAAGCCGGAUAAAUUGUUUCACGAUGAUUUAAGCUUUUACGAGAUGGAUCGUAGAAGAUGAUCGUGAAAUCGGCAUAUCUGUACAUAUGUAUGAUAUAUAUCGUUUUAACUUAUACACACGACUAUUGUUACUUUUACAAUAAAUCAUUGUAGAUAACAUUGACCACUAAAAAUAAACGAGAGCUAAGUUAAUUCUAA